UGUUAAAGUGUCUUCUUAAUUCUGCGUCUGAUUUUGAUUUGCAUUGGAGGACCGUACGACCACCAUGGCAGCAAGAUGUAAUUUCCUUGCAGCUUUAAGGUUAGCCUUUGUCUGUGCAAUAAUCGCCGGCGCCGCCGUCUCCGCCCAACUCCGGCCGAAUUACUACGCCGCCACCUGCCCCGACGUCGAGAAUAUCGUCCGAGGAGUCGUCCAGGCCAAAAUCAAACAGACCUUCGUCACCAUCCCCGCCGUCAUCCGCCUCUUCUUCCACGACUGCUUCGUCUUGGGCUGCGAUGCGUCGGUGAUUGUGGCGUCGACGCCGGCGAACAAGGCGGAAAAGGAUCACGACGACAACUUAUCCCUCGCCGGCGACGGAUUCGACACCGUGAUCAAAGCAAAGGCCGCCGUCGACGCCGUCGCCCGGUGCCGGAAUCGGGUCUCUUGCGCCGACAUUCUCGCACUGGCGACCCGUGACGUCAUCGCCCUGGCCGGGGGUCCUUCGUACACGGUGGAAUUAGGUAGGCUAGAUGGACUAAGCUCAACAGCUGCAAGUGUACAAGGGAAUCUUCCACAACCAAACUUCAACCUCAAUCAGCUCAACGCCAUGUUUGCUUCUCGAGGCCUGUCUCAAACCGACAUGAUCGCUCUCUCUGCUUGCCAUACUGUGGGGUUCUCCCACUGCAGCAAGUUCGCGAAUCGGAUCUACAACUUCAGCCCAGGGAGCCCCGUCGACCCGACCCUGAACAAGACCUACGCAAAGGAUCUGCAGGGGAUGUGUCCGAGGGUUGUGGACCCCAGAAUAGCCAUCGACAUGGACCCCACAACUCCGAGGAAGUUCGACAAUGUCUACUUUCAGAACCUCGUACAGGGGAAGGGUCUGUUCACGUCGGACCAGGUUCUAUUCACGGACCCCAGAUCCAGGCCCACCGUCGCUAAAUGGGCCUCCGACCCGAAAGCAUUCAACGCUUCGUUUGUUGAGGCGAUGACGAAACUGGGUCGGGUCGGAGUCAAGACCAGCACGCGGAACGGGAACAUCCGUUUUGACUGUGGGAAGUUUAACUAAUUAAUUGAUGUGAAGAGCUGGAUGGAUGGAUGUGUUUUAUUUUAUUUUAUUUUAUAUUAUAUUAUAAUAUUUCAUUGUGUUGAUAAUUUAAUUUAUUUUGGGGCCAGAGAUCCACGUGUUUCAAUUGUAAUAAUUUGAAAAUUGAAUUUUGAUAAAUAAAUGAUUAUUUCUG